AUGAAGACAGCGCCCCACGCGUCCCAACAGCGGGUCUCACCUAUUUGUACUCUUGCUACAUCUCUGUUAUCUCUUAUCGGUCGCCCAAUCAACUGGGCGGCCAUGACAGCACGAAGAUUGUUAGUGUCAAAAAUCAGUGCUUGUCCGUCUGUUUCUAUCUAUCUAUCUAUCUAUCUAUCUAUGUUUUUUCUUUCUUUUUUUGGCAAUCAGUUCACGUCUGUCUAUUCAAAUCAGUGUAACCAGCCUCUCCCUAUGUAUCUGUCACGCUAUCUAUUCCACGAAAUCAUGCCCGCAUCUCUGUCCAUAUCUAUCUAUCUAUCUAUCUAUCUAUCUAUCUAUCUAUCUAUCUAUCUAUCUAUCUAUCUCAGUCUAUUCAUGUCUAUUCAUAUAUAUCAAUCAAUCUAUUUAUCUGAGUCUGUUCAUAUCUAUCUAUCUAUCUAUCUAUCUAUCUAUCUAUCUAUCUAUCUAUCUAUCUAUCUCAUUUGA